AUGACACAGACAGACUCUCCAUUACAAUGGUUAUAUUUUGCACAACAAGAAAAAUUUCCAUUUGAAUUACCUAUGUGUGAAAGUUGUUAUCAUAAUAAAAGUAAUGAGAUGGAUAGAGAAGAAGCAAAUUAUACAUGCAGUUAUUGUGAAAUAUUAAAAAUGUUUGAUGACUUACAAGAAUUAAAAGGUUUAGAAGAAGACAUAAAACAAGAAGAAUUAAAAGUGCAAGAACUAGAAAAAUCAAUUUCAAGUUUAGAAAAAGAACAAACACAAUUAAAAGAAGAUAAAGAAUUUAUAGUUUCAUUACAAGAUUCUUUCAAAGAGAAAUAUAAAGAACACGCACAAUUAUUAGCAGAAAUAAUUCGACUAUCAAAUAAUUCAAGUGAUAGGUUUAGCAGAAUUGAUAUUCAAAAAGAAAAAGAAGAGUCAAAACAAUAUGAAGAAAAUGUAUGGAAUAAAAUACAUCGUAUUGAAUGGACUGAAAAUGGAAUAUUAUUUAAUUCUAUUAAUGUUGUUUCUGAUUAUCAACAUAAAAAAUAUAAAAAUGUAUCAAUUUGUUUUUCAUUGAUUAUUAAAGAGUGUUUACUUAUUAGACAAAUGUUACGAACUCAAUUAACAAAAUGUUCUAUUAUAACAGCGUAUUCUCAAUUUUCAAUGACUAGAUUAAAUUUAAGUUAUUUAGAUUUUAAUCAAAAGUCUAUAAAAAGGACUAAAUCUUUCACUUAUUCUUUACAAAAACUUUCAUUGGUUGUUGAAGAAUUAAUUACUAUUGUUUCUAUUCAGUUUAAUAAAUAUAAACCACUUUAUAAAAUUAGUAAUUUUACUGCUAAUGGUUUAUCAUUAGCCCCAUCAACAUCUCAUUGGAACGACGCAAUAAAAUAUUUUCUUUCCGAAUUUAAACAUUUAAGAGAAUUUGUUCUUAAAAUUGUAAAUUAA